UCGACUACAAAUCACGAGUUCAACACUCGCACAAGUGUUACACUCAAAUCAUUGAACAUCGAUAAAACUAAAUAUAAUAACGACUUAAUUUAUGAUGAUAAAUAUUUCAAAUGUGUUGUAAAUCCAAAACGAUCAGACAAGAUAAAAUUUGAAAAAGAAAAUCCUGGUGUUAAGGUGAUAGAGUGUCCUGCACAUUUAACUUUUAGAACAACCAAGGACAAGCAAGCAUUAGUAAUUACACAAUUUGAACCAAAUCACGAUCAUGAUUCCUCGAAUAAGAUCUCACGACUUAAGGAAGCUAAAGAUAAAAUAAUUGCAAACACUAUUCGCAGUGCUAACAUUACACAUAGUGAAGAAAUUAACGAACCUUCGGCUAGUUCCUCUCAAUCAAACUUGCAAAACAAGCAGCAAAUUCAUUCUUCCGUUAUCACUGGAGCAAACGAUGAAGUGACGUCUUCAACUCUACAAGUUGCCAGUACAAUAACAGAUGAUGAAAUUCCGUAUGCUCCAGUGAUUGAUGAUGAUGAUGAUGAUUUUAAGUUUUUAUUGAAACAACUUGAUCUAAACAUUGCAUCUUCGACUGAUGAAGAAAAGCAAAUGAGAAAAAUUAGUUUAUUGACUGAAAUAAUAAAUAAAUAUAAUGACAUAGACGUGGCCUCAAAAAUCGGGACUCUUUCCGUAUGUUUAAGUCGAUCCCGGGGCCGUAACCGGGGCCGAAAAAAUCGCGUUGCUAGCUUCCCAGAAAACACAAGAAACAUACUGACGUUUGACGAAUUAAGUGUAGUAAAGAAAAAAAUUUAUUUAAUUAAAUUAAUACUGAAUGAUAAAAAUUUGAUCGAAAGUGUUCUAACAAAAUUAAAAAAAAUUUCAACUGCUGAGCUAACUCAUUUAAUACCAAAUAUUCCAGAUGCUUUAGGAAGCGAAACAAUUAAAUUCGAAAUACUGGAAGAAUUUUUUGAAAAAGACGCUUUCAAGAGUUUUAAAAAAUCAGUUAGUAAAAAACGCGAAAGUCCUCACUGGAGUUGCAAUCAGUGUGAAAAAGAUCUUGGAACAAGUGACAGCAUAGAAUGUGACAAAUGUUUAUUUUGGAGUCAUUUCGUAUGCGUCGAUUUGGUACAAGAGCCACCUAAUACUUGGUUUUGCCCUAAAUGUAAAUCAGAAAAAAAA